GAGGCGGAGGGAGGAGAGGACAGGCCGGGAAGGGACAGAACCCCGAGAGCUGAAGGAGGCUACCGGAUAGCGAACAGUGAAUUAUCUCACGUUUGCUGUCUCGAAUUAGCAUAUCACCGGGGUAGAGGCCUUUUUACCGCCUGUAGUGAUUCUCACGUCUCUCCUCUUUUCUUUGCCGAUCCUGACCCUCCUCCUUCCUAAAGGCUCUCGGGAAAUGGCCGGGCGCCGGUGAGGAAGGCCUGUCGGCGGGUUGGGACCUGGUUGAGAGAUGACAGCGGAGCCCAUGAGUGAAAGCAAGUUAAAUACUUUGGUACAAAAACUCCAUGAGUUUCUGGCUCACUCCUCAGAAGAGGACACAACUUCCCCUACAAGACAGACUGUGAGCAAAAGUGGAGCUAAAUCAAAUUCUGCACAUAGACUGCAUCCAUCAGAGACCAACAUGGAAGAGGGGAGUAGUUCUUUUGAAAAGUCCAAGUCCUUGGGAUCAUCCCGCUCCAAAAGAAAACCCAUCUUUGUGACAAAAUAUGUAGAAUCGGAUGAAGAGCAGGUACCAGAAGAGAUUCCACGUGUAGAAACGCCCACAAAGAAUUCAGACCAUGAGGUUGAUAUGGAAAGUUUGCCCAUAGGUACUGUGGUGGUACAACCAGAGCCUGUUCUGAAUGAAGAUAAAGAUGACUUCAAAGGACCAGAAUUUCGCAACAGAACUAAAGUUAAAUCAGAUGUAGCCAUACCUAAGAAACGUACAGAGGAAGGACUGCAUGGGAUAGUCAGCUGCACAGCGUGUGGGCAACAAGUAAAUCAUUUCCAGAAGGAUUCCAUUUAUAGACAUCCUGCCCUGAAAGUACUCAUUUGUAAGACUUGCUAUAAAUAUUAUAUGAGUGAUGACAUUAACAAGGAUGCUGAUGGGAUGGAUGAACAGUGCAGAUGGUGUGCUGAAGGUGGAAACUUGAUUUGCUGCGACUACUGCCACAAUGCUUUCUGCAAGAAAUGCAUUCUUCGCAAUCUUGGGAGAAAGGAACUAUCUAAUAUAAUGGAUGAGAACAGCAAGUGGGAGUGUUACAUUUGUCAAUCAGAACCUUUACUGGAUUUGGUUACGGCAUGCAACAGUGUGUUUGAAAACCUAGAGCAAUUGUUACAGCAACAUAAGAAGAAAAUGAAAGUGGAUCCCGACAAAAGCAAUCAGACUGAUUCAGACAAACGAAACUCAAGCUGCAACGGACGGGACAAAAAGGUGCUCACUGCAUUUUCCGGGGCUGUAACCUAUUCUUACAAAGCGCUGAAGGUGCCAAAAGAGAUGCUGAAAAAAGCGAAAAAGCUAAUUGAGACAACCACAAACCUGAAUGCAAGCUUUGUAAAUUUUUUGAAGCAGGACGUUGAAAAUUCUGACAUUAGCAGGAAAGUCAAGUUAAGACAGCUGAAAGCAUUCAAGUCUGUUUUGAGUGACCUGAAGAAGGCUCAUUUAGCUUUGGAGGAAACUUUGGCUGAGGAGAUUCAUUUAGUCACUGAGCAAGACUCAAAGAAAAGCAAAUGCAGUACCAAUGAGAAUAAGCAACCAAAAGAGAGAAUAUUAAGUGACGAAAAACAUAAAGAAAACAAACUGUCACCCACUUCACGUGAAAAAGGCAAAAGUAUAGAUCACAGAGAAUUUGAGGAGAAUGGUGGCACAGAAUUGGCUAACAGCGCAGAAGAAAGUCUGGAACAGAAUGGAGAGCAGACUGUGCCUAUGGAUGGAAUUCAAUGUGUGGACAACGAUGAAACAAAAGAGGAAUUGGAUAUUAGUAUGGAAUCGGAAGAAGCCGAUACGCAAGCAGAGAAUGAGCACAGAGAUGACGGAGAAGAAAGCGAGACUCAACGUGUAGACAGAGAUGCGGAUGGCGGAAGUGACUUUGAAAAUAAAAAAUCUAAAUCACAGAAAAAGACAGAGAAACAAACUGUCAGCUCAAAGCCAAAGGAAAGCACAAAUGGAAGCAAGACUGACAAGAUGGAUAAAGUUAAAAAUGUAGGGUCCUCUAGUCCUGAAUCAGAGAAAGAGACUAAAGAAAAUUCCAGGGGUGGGAGCCAGGGUGUUAAAUCUAAGUCACGUACGCCUCAGAAAAAGUCUAAGGCUUCUGAUAAAUUUCAACCCAAUGCCCCUGAAGCUCUUGACCUUGACAUUGUGUCGGUCCCUUCUGCAGUCCCAGAAGAUAUUUUUGAUAGUUUGGAUUCUGCAUUGGAAUCACAAAAUAUUUUAAAAGAUUCUGAAACUGGUAUUGGGCCAGUAAUACCAAAAAGCAGGAAGGGUGGUAAAGAAACAAAGAUGUCGGUCAAGAAGGAAUUGGUUGUGAAGCUAACACCAGUCUCGCUCUCCAGUUCCCCUUCGAGGGCAGAUGGUAGUAACUCAAAGAAAUCUUCAAAGAAGGGAAGUGAUUCUGAAAAUGACAACCAUGGCAAUGUUUCUUGUAAGGAAGGUGAUGAGCACUCUUCUCAUAGCGAGCCAGAAGAUUCCAAACUCCGACGCUCUCCUCGUGUUAAAACAACACCUAGGAGACGCCCUGCUGAUGAAAAUCGUAUUGCGUCUAAUACAGAAGAGGAGAGCAAUGACACAGACAAAGAAAAACCGUCAAAGCGUAAGCAGAAGUAUAAAGGAAAAGGUAGCUCUUCAGAUGACGGUCCCAAAUCAAAAAGUUCUGGAACCAAACAAACUGCAAAACUUGAAGUAAAAAGUGCCUCCGAUUCUGACGAAAUGCCAGAGGUCCUCAAAAAGGCGGCUUUGAUGAGUAAUAGCUCUUCUGAACCUGAAAGCGGUAACGAGGAAAAGGUUUGUAAUAAAGCCGAACCUAAGGAAGAGUCCCUGGAGAAUUCUGGGAAAAGGAAAAGGAAGAGCUCAAGUUCUGGUUCUGACACAAGAAAAAAGACCACUAGAAAUUCAACGGCGGCAACAAAAAAAUUACGUGGGAAUCAUUCUGACUCCUCAAACUAUGACUCGGAGCUGGAAAAGGAAAUAAAAAGCCUAAGUAAAAUCUCUUCGGCCAAAAAAGGGAUAAGCAAGAAAACUAAGAAGGGAGAAGAGAGCGCAGAGUCCUCCGAAGACAAGAACAGUAAAAAGUCUCCAAAGGUCAGGAGAUCCACUCGUGAAAAAGGUGAAUCUUCAAAGAAGAAAACAGUCUCUUCCUCGUCUGAUUUAUCUGAAGACGACCAGGAUAACCCAAGUCAAAUUUCAGAAGAUGGUAGCGCUGAUGAGCAAAAGAUUGUACCCCUGGUGGAAAAUGAAAUAUUAUCUACAGCUGGAUUUUGUCAGUCCUCGGGCGAUGAAGCAGAUACAAAAGCUGGUGUGGCGGAGGAUGAGGAGGAGGAGGAUGAUGACGACGAUCCCGAGAAUAGGAUUGCCAAGAAAAUGCUUCUGGAAGAAAUCAAAGCUAACCUUUCCUCAGAUGACGAGGAUGAUGACGUGACUUCUGAAGAAGAGUCGGUGCCGAGCAAAAAAACAAAAAAGAGGGGGUCUGAAAAAGCUGCCGAUGAGGCAGAUAAGGAUGAGGAUGUGGGAAGCUCAGACUCUGAUAGCGACUCUGAUUCUGCCAAGAAACCGAGAUACAGACACCGUUUGUUGAGACACAAGCUAACCUUGAGUGAUGGAGACUCUGGGGAGCAAAAGGGAGAGAGAAAAGAAAAAUCCAAAAUCUCAAAGGAUGGAAAACGCAGGAGCAGAAGGAAAGUUAGCAGUAAUGAUUCUGACUCUGAUGGAAGUAAGGAGUCUGGAGUUAGUGAGGAAGUCAGCGACAGUGACUCUGACGAUCAGCGCCCCCGGACAAGGGCUGCAAAGAAAGAAGCAGAAGAGAACCAGCGUAGUUACAAGCAAAAGCAGAAAAAGAAAAGAAGGCGGAUUAAAGUCCAGGAGGACUCUAGUGACAGCAAGAGUAAUUCAGAAGAUGGAGACCAAGAUGACGACUCUGACUCCAAAUCACCGGGCAAAGGGAGGAAAAAGAUCAGGAGGAUUCUCAAAGAUGACAAGCUUCGGACAGAAACUCAGAAUGCCCUGAAAGAGGAAGAAGAGAGGAGGAAAAGAAUUGCAGAAAGAGAACGGGAACGGCUGAAGCUUAGAGAGGUCAUUGUCGUUGAAGAUGCUUCACCGGUGAAAUGUCCAAUUACCACAAAACUAGUGCUGGACGAAGAUGAAGAGACGAAGGAACCUUUGGUGCAGGUUCAUAGGAACAUGGUUACAAAACUUAAACCUCACCAGGUGGACGGUGUUCAGUUUAUGUGGGAUUGCUGUUGUGAGUCUGUAAAGAAAACCAAAAAAGAACAAGGUUCUGGCUGUAUUCUGGCUCAUUGUAUGGGUCUUGGGAAGACUCUUCAGGUGGUCACCUUUCUUCAUACAACUCUUUUGUGCGAUAAGUUGGAAUUCAGCACAGCUCUUGUCGUUUGUCCUUUGAACACUGUCUUGAAUUGGGUCAACGAGUUUGAAAAAUGGCAAGAGGGCAUGGAGGAUGAUGAGAAGCUUGAGGUUAUCGAGCUUGCCACAGUAAAGCGUCCUCAGGAGCGAGGCCUCUUAAUGCAGCGGUGGCAUGAUGGAGGAGGAGUUUUGAUUAUUGGUUAUGAAAUGUAUCGGAACCUCACUCAAGGAAGGAGUGUAAAGAGUAAGAAACUAAAGGAAAUAUAUCAGAAGACUCUAGUUGAUCCAGGUCCUGACUUUGUAAUCUGUGAUGAAGGACACAUUCUUAAAAAUGAAUUAUCGGCUAUUUCCAAGGCUAUGAAUUCCAUAAGAACAAGGAGGAGGGUCAUCCUGACGGGCACCCCUCUGCAAAAUAACCUUAUUGAAUAUCACUGCAUGGUUAAUUUCAUCAAGGAGAAUUUGCUUGGUUCUGUAAAAGAAUUCCGCAAUCGCUUUAUAAAUCCUAUCCAGAACGGCCAGUGCGCGGAUUCCACGAUGGUCGAUGUCAGAGUAAUGAAGAAGCGCGCUCACAUUCUCUAUGAGAUGCUGGCUGGAUGUGUGCAGAGGAGAGAUUACACCGCUCUAACAAAGUUUUUACCACCAAAGCAUGAAUACGUUUUAUCGAUUAGGAUGUCUCCAAUUCAGUGCAAGCUCUACCAGUACUACUUAGACCAUUUAACAGGUGUUGGUGCAAGCGCUGAAGGAGGAGUCCGGGGCAAGUCUGGAACAAAGCUUUUCCAGGAUUUCCAAGUUUUAAGCAGAAUCUGGACUCACCCUUGGUGUUUGCAGCUGGACUAUAUUAGCAAAGAAAAUAAGGGCUAUUUUGAUGAAGACAGCAUGGAUGAGUUCAUAGCAUCUGACUCCGAGGAGUCUUCUAUGACCCUAAGUUCUGAGGAGGAAGUUGUAAAGAAAAAAACGAAAGGAAAAGGCAAGCACGAUAGCAGCUCUAGUGAAGAGGAAAGUGACAAUGAUGUAGAGGUCAUUAAAGUUUGGAAUUCCAGAUCACGGGGUGGGAACGGGAAGGAUUCCACGGCUGAUGCUGUUACCAACAGUUCAUCGCUUAAAGUAGAAGAAAGCAAAGCCCCAGCUGCAUCCAACCCUGGUAGCCCAGCCGCAGACUGGUAUAAAGAAUUUGUAACGGAAGCAGAUGCUGAUAUCAUGGAACACUCCGGGAAAAUGAUGCUUCUCUUUGAGAUUCUACGCAUGGCAGAAGAGCUAGGAGACAAAGUCUUAGUGUUCAGCCAGUCCCUCAUAUCUUUGGAUUUGAUAGAAGAUUUCUUGCAAUUCGCUAACGGAACGUCCCCAGAAGAUAAGCCCACUAUUUAUAAAGGUGAAGGAAAGUGGUUUAGAAAUAUUGACUACUACCGUUUAGAUGGGUCGACCACGGCUCAGACACGGAAAAAAUGGGCAGAGGAGUUCAAUGAUGAGACCAAUGUGAGAGGCCGUCUGUUCAUCAUUUCUACAAAGGCAGGAUCCCUUGGCAUAAAUCUUGUGGCUGCUAAUCGUGUGAUUAUCUUUGAUGCCUCAUGGAACCCAUCAUAUGAUAUUCAGAGUAUCUUCAGGGUUUAUCGAUUUGGGCAGAACAAGCCUGUGUUUGUUUAUAGGUUUUUGGCACAGGGUACCAUGGAAGAGAAGAUUUAUGACAGACAGGUUACCAAGCAAUCGUUGUCAUUCAGAGUUGUUGAUCAACAGCAAAUUGAGCGGCACUUCACAAUGAAUGAGCUAACUGAACUUUACGCAUUUGAGCCAGAUUUAUUGGAUGACACAAACUCUGAAAAAAAGAAAAAGCGGGAGACCCCGAUGCUGCCCAAGGAUACGGUGCUUGCUGAGCUGCUGCAAGUCAUGAAGGAGCACAUAGUGACCUACCAUGAACACGACUCCCUCCUGGACCACAAAGAAGAGGAGGCUCUGACUGAAGAAGACAGAAAGGCAGCAUGGGACGAGUAUGAAGCAGAGAAGAAGGGCUUGACCAAUCGCCUUAACAUGACAGUCGCGGCUGGGGCAAACUAUUCUCAAAUGAAUUUCAACUCUCAGUCUCCUUACAUGCCGUUGAACCUGGGAGCGUUGUCCUCUCUGACUAACCAGCAAUUGGAGGAUCUCAUUAACCAAGGGAGAGAAAAGGUAGUUGAAGCUACCAAUAACAUAGCGUCGGCGCGAAUCCAGCCGUUGGAUGACAUCAUUGCAACAGUGUGGAAGGAAAAUCCCACCUUGUCAGAGGCCCAGGUUCAAUCUUUGGCACUGAGCAGACAGUCAAGCCAAGAGCUGGAAAUCAAGAGGCGGGAGGCCAUUUAUAACGAUGUCUUGACCAAACAGCAGAUGUUAAUUGGCUGUGUCCAGCGGAUAUUGAUGAGCCGAAGGUUGCAGCAGCAGUUCAACCAGCAGCAGCAGUUACAGCAGCAACAGCAGCAACAAAUCGCAUUUCAGCAGCAGGCUGCGCUCAGUCGCAUGAUGUUGCCAAAGCCUGCAUCCAUGCUACUGAAUGCAGCCAACUUCUCGCAGAUCAACCUGCAAGGAAUAUACCAACCCGGGAUGCAGGGGCAUCCAUUGCAACGAGCCCCACCGCCCAUGAGAAACAAAAGUGCAGGAGGCUCUCAAGUGAAAAAGAUGUGAUAUUGCACUAGAACCCUUACAUGGAUUGUUUCAAUCAUAGAGAUCUUUUUUUCCUUUCCCUUUUUGUGUAGAAAUCGAUGGCUUGACAUAACUUUGCUGUACAAAAGCAAUGGCGUUUGGUUUUUCUUAAAUGCCAAACUGUAUAA